CUCGUGAGUGUGACAUCCGGGCAUUCGAUGCGUGAAUUUGUUGCGCACAAAUCUACGAUUCUGUCGUCGUUAUAAUACUUCAGAAAAUUUCUGCAUUACGUGAGAUUCUACGCUAGAGAGAAAAACAGUCAUGUCAGGAAAUGAUGAACAGAUUGAGUGUCCCCUAUGUAUGGAACCAUUGGAAAUUGAUGAUAUUAAUUUCUUCCCAUGCACAUGUGGAUAUCAGAUUUGCAGAUUCUGUUGGCAUAGGAUAAGAACUGAUGAAAACGGUCUUUGUCCAGCUUGCAGAAAGGCAUAUCCAGAGGAUCCAGCUAAAUUCAAUCCUCUCACAGAAGAUGAGUUACAGAGGAUAAAGAAAGAAAGACGUCAGAAAGAUCUGCAGAGAAAACAGAAAGCUGCAGAAAAUAGAAAACAUCUCGCCAAUGUCAGGGUAGUCCAAAGAAAUUUAGUGUUUGUUGUUGGUCUGUCCACAAGAUUGGCUGAUCCAGAAGUGCUAAAGAAACAUGAAUAUUUUGGAAAAUUUGGAAAAAUUCAUAAAGUUGUGAUAAACCAGAGUACAUCAUAUGCUGGUGCACAGGGUCCCAGUGCUAGUGCUUAUGUAACUUAUAAUAAAACUGAAGAUGCUCUUAAAGCCAUAAUAGCUGUGAACAAUGUACAUAUAGAUGGUCGAACUUUGAAAGCCUCGCUUGGAACAACUAAAUACUGUAGCCAUUUUCUAAGAGGCACACAGUGUCCUAAAACAGACUGUAUGUAUUUACAUGAACUAGGGGAGGAGGCGGCUAGUUUUACUAAAGAAGAAAUGCAAGUGGGUAAACAUCAAGAGUAUGAACAAAAGCUUUUAGAACAGUAUAUAAACAGCCAAAAUACAGCACAGAAUAAUGCCAGUAACAGAACUUCAUCAACUUCUAGGAAAAAAGCAAGUUCACCUACACAAGUGAUACAGCCAUCACAGAGUCCCCCACAGAGUGUGCAACACAGUCCUCCAGCACAGUCUACACAACCACGCCAAAAUAUACACAACCACAACACACAACAGAUUCCUCCACAUACAGCCAACAAUGAAGCGUGGCCGUCACUACAACAAAGUGGUGGUAACGCAAAUAAAACACAGCUUCCAAAUACAGAAAGAAGUCCAGAGAAAACAAAACCAGAACACAACAAAGCUCCGGGUAAACACAGAACUACAGAAAAUACAGAGACACAACAACAGCAACAACAUAGGCCACAGAACAUAUACACAACAGAAGUUACAGCUCCUCCAGUGAACACAACUUCUCCACCAAGACAACAACAACCAACUUCUCACAGUAUCAUAAACAGAAAAGCACUGGGUCUUGAUAAUACAGACAAUCUUUCAUUAUUUAGUAGUAUAAAUGGAUUUCACGGGGCAAGAAAUCCAAAACCUCCCAUGCAACCAGAAGCACCAGAGAUACAAACAACAGAGAUUCCUGACACAAUACCGGUAAACACAACUACAGAUUGGCAAGCCGCAUUUGGUUUUGGUCAGACCACAAACACAAAUAAAAGCAAAGAUUGGCAAGAUGAUGAUUUAGGUUUCGAUCCACUUGAAGAAUCCUCUAGAGGUUUAGCAGAUCUGUUAGAAAAAGAAAACGGCCAAAAACAACAGCAACAACACAGUACGUUAGGAUUUUCGUCACAUAGUUCUUUCCAGCCUCACUCUAGACAGAUGCAUAACAACAUAGGACAAAAUCUCCCCCCAGGGUUUUCACUUAGUCAUAUUGCACCACAGUCCCAAUUAGGCGGUACACAGAUUCCCCAGUCGCGUACAAAUCACACGUCGGUCACAAAUACAGAUGUACUGACUAGUCGUAUGAUGGGUUUAAUGAAUCAACCUUUACAGAAUUCUACGUAUCCAGAUAUGUUUCAUGAUUUCUCAAUGCUAGGUGGUGCUAACAAAGAUAUCCACCAACAACAGCAGUCUCGUUCACAGAAUGAUGUUUUCAAUGUAAAAGAUUGGCAAGAUGGAUUAAGGGCAUUGUUACCAAAUAUAAACAUCAGUUUUGGUGCACCACAAAAUGACAUACGAACAAAUACACAACAUAAUCCUUCGCAGAAAAAUACAAACUGGUCAGGCACGACAGCAAGCACAGAUCCGUCCUCUUGGAUGUCGUACGACCCUGCUAUUCUCACUUCAAGCAAUCUCUCAGAUGGUAAUAGUUUACAAGAUCCACAUUGGCUCAAAUCUAUAAAUCAAUUAACAGACCUUGAUACAGCCAACCACAGAUUGCCAUUUGUACACCAGUUUCCAGUAAGAAAUACAGUUUGGCCCCCACAGACACACAAUCCUCCUCCAGGCUUUCAGACACACAUCAGACCUCCACUACAGACAGCUGAUCCACACAAACUUGCUGAAGGUCUACAGUAAAUAUUGAAGGCAUUACUAUGAAGCAUUGGCUCCCCCAUCACAUGUUGCUGUCCUCAUUGUGACCUCUAUUGUGCUACUGGUGUUCUAUCUCUACU